GCAACUUCCGGCAAGUGUGAGUCUGCGAGAGAUGCGAAAAGCGUCUGCUUUUAUGACAGGUGAAGGCUGAUAAGUGUUCAUUUCAUAUCACUGAUUCUGGAUAAUUGGAGCUACUUAAUCUAGGUAUGCUUCAGAAAUAUAUCCUUAUAACAAUAGGUAGCAGCACUGUCACUUGAGAGGAGCCACUUUCACUUGUAUAUUUCACCGAAGAUAAUCACUGAAAGCUUUGGCACCGAGUAGCUAGUUGAAAGAUCAACCGGUGCGUGAUCAGAUGGAAAAGAGUGAGGGACAACAGGACGAGGUAAUGACAGAAGUAGAGUGUACUUCCGCCCUAGAGGACUUCGCUUCCACCGGCAGGACAGGCCGAAGGAACGCCGUCCCUGACAUACAGAAUGACCCCAACACUGCAGUCGGGGCUACAGAUGUCACAUUUGAGAUGGACAAAUUAAAAUGUGAAGAUGGAAGUCAGCCUCAAGCCAGUACAUCGGGGGCCAGUCCACAGGCAUCAGCAAGUAGCAGCACAGAGGGCGCCACUGCAUCUUAGCAGUUGGAGCAACGCAACAUGUACAUACAUUGUCAUUUUCCAUGUCCAACCGGUCACACUGACACAAACAGAUGGAAGGACAGCGUGUAUUGUAUCGCUGGACACAUAGGAUGAUGCUCUUCAGUGCUAAGAAAUAUACAUGGAACAGACUCCAUUUACUUCUUGUAAAUAGCUGGUAUGGACUUCUUUGUACAUAUGUGGUUGGUGCAGAAAUUUGUGUCAACUUUGACUGACAGUUGUCUCAACUAAUAGGAUUGCUGCUUCAAGUUUGAAUUCGUCCAUGUUUCCCAUUGCUAUCCAGAUAUAUAUAUGGAAGUCAGAAAUCUCAUUUUCAGUUCAAUUCAUUGGAUUGUGCUCAAAGACCGAGGAAGAGGGUAGUGUAUUUUUUUAAUCAAGCUAACCGAGCAAGCAUGGGAGAGUUUAAUUUCUGCCAUUUGAGGAAUAAAUAGUUUGCUUUUUUCUUCUGUUUGCGAAUAUCUACUGAAAGGAUAUGUCAAAAUAUGUGUUUUCGAAGGCUUUAAAGUUCCAUUUUGUUGUAAGUUCAACAAGGCAAAUAGCAAGAGGUUGGCAUGUGACUGUAUAUAUCAUAACUACGCCUUUGAUUUGUAUAUGAUCUAGCAGUGUGCACUUGUGAUGAUUACAGCAGUUAGGAGUGUAUGCCUGAGAGUAGUAUCAUCUAUGAGUGUGCACCUGUAAGUGAUAUAUCAUCUAUGAGUGUGCACCUGUAAGUGAUAUAUCAUCUAUGAGUGUGCACCUGUAAGUGAUAUAUCAUCUAUGAGUGUGCACCUGUAAGUGAUAUAUCAUCUAUGAGUGUGCACCUGUAAGUGAUAUAUCAUCUAUGAGUGUGCACCUGUAAGUUAUAUAUCAUCUAUAAGUGUGCACCUGCACUUGUGUUUAUUUUGAAAUGAGGCUAGCUAUAAUUAGCCUCAGUAGCAUGACACUAUCAAAUACUAUUAGUCUAACAGACCCAAGCAAUCUAUCACAUUCAUUCCCCAACUGAAAAGUCUUGCAAAUGUUAAGUGCUAUAUUCCAUAACACAGCAAUUCCUUGAAAAACAUUCUAUCAAAAAAUAAAAAUAAUUAGUUUUGUCAGCUACUAAGUUUAGUACAUGAAAUAUAUUGUCAAACAAAGCAUUGUCAUCAUAAAAGAGGCAUAAAUAGACUUAUAUUCCCUGAGUUUGGGGUUGGUUACAUUUGUAAAAGCGUGCCCUCUAUUAUGAUAUGUUGUUGAUAUCUCCCCUCCAGUGUAACUUGUCACUGUUGUCAGUUACAUCCUGCACAGCCAUCAGCAGCAGUGAUCACAAUCAUAUCAUUAUUGAUUCUAAAGGACACAUGGACAGUAUUCAGGCUGAUGGUUUAAUGUCAGUGAUUUUACAGGUGAGUACAUAUUGACAUUGUAACCAGGUAAAUAACGGAGGAACAUAAUGUACUUGAAAUCAUUUGAAAUAUGUAGUGUAGGUAAGAGAAGUAUUGAUGUGCAGGUAGAAUAGCUCUGACUUGCUGUGAUACAGACAGGUGCUCAUCUAAUGGCUUGCUGUAGUGAUAUAUGUCAAAGUGGUGAUAGGUGUGGAGCAGUAUGUAUAUUCCUCAUGUUAACAUCACCAGAACAGGAAGUGUUUCAGCAAGACAGUUGAAUUGAUCAUGUCAUCUGUACUAUGGAAAGAAUCUAUACUCAGUUGACUGAAACUGUAAUAUUGCUGAGAUAAGCAUGGUGUACUAAUAUCUGUGUGUAGAUGUGUUAGCUCACCUGGUCAAAUUAUGGCUGGGCUGUUGUCACUUGUUAAUGUUUCAUAUUUUUAAUAUCUCCAAAACAACAGGACAAUGAAAUGAAACUUGGUGUGGGUGAUCCCACUAAUUGUGUCUAUCAUGUUGGCUUAACUUGGGAAGUGUUGCAUGUUCAUUCUUACCCCUGGUAAUAUUGAAUAUAUAUGUAUGCUGAUAAUGGAGGGACUAUUCAGUGUUAGCAGAUGAUAAGCCUUCAGGGAGAAGCUUCACUGUUAUGUUGUUCACUAUGAACUGUCACAGGAUCUGAUAGCCCAGAUAUGAUCUGUUGAUGCCACUUAUACUCAGAUUCAUGAAAAUGAAUGGUCAUCAUUGUUCAGAAACAAAAACCAAGUCCACCACAGACACAAAUUAGCAAGUCUUCCCCUGGACUCGGACGCCUACAGGAUGCCACUUGAUCACAAAUAUCUACCAGCUUGAACAGUGAUAACAUAUUAAGCAAACCUUUAAUUAGUCUGAUGUUCUCCUUGUACUCAGGAUACAUGUAACAUUAAACAAACUCAGGUUUUCA